UCCAUGCUUGAAUGCCCCCUCCCGAACCUUAAAAAAGACAAUAUAAGCUCCCCUGCUGAGUAGAAUAAAGUCUAUUUACAAACAAGCAAUGACAAGCAAGGUCAAGAUGAGGGUCAGUGGUUACUAAAAGAUACUAUCAACAUCUCAUCAAAAGUGUAUACGUUUUAAAAUUUGUUACCUCGGGCACAUCCGUGACUUCCACGAGGUAGGAUUUGUUUAUGUUUUUACAAAUCGAUACAUUGUUCAGCGUAAUAUAAAUAUCUGGACUUGUGUGAAAUGGAAUGACAGCGAAGUAAGCUUGACUUAUCACGUUGUUUUCUCCCAAUGGAGAGGAGAGGAGUCGCACAGCUCUGGAUAACCCUGAGCAUUCCACAGUCAGCCACACGAUGAGACAAGAUUAAAAGACAUCAAAUCAGUGUAAACUCAAAGGCGGAAAAUGUUGAACAACAACUCAUCGUCAAAGAAUUUAACAGAGUCCGAAAUGUCCUCAGAAAAUCAGUUGUGCUCGCUGUUGAUACAAGUCCAGAAAGGGAACGACAUCUCAUAUGAGGAAUUUCGUUCAGUGUGUGCUUUCAUUGCAUUUACAAACGCUCUCAUGGCCGUCAUUGCUAUACUUGGAAACAGUAUGAUUAUUUCAGCUUUUUAUCGCUCCGAAUCGUUGAGAACACCAUCUAACUUACUCUUGCUUGGUUUAUCAGUUUGUGACUUUUUAGUUGGCUCAGUUACUCAGCCUGUUUUUACCACCGAAGUCGCUUUAGUCGCCGCAAAUUCAGACGUGGCUUGUCGGUUCAAAGAUUUCUACGUAAUAUUUUUGUUUUCGUUCUCAUUUGCAUCGAUGUUACAUGUUUGUUUGAUUAGCGUCGAACGUACCUUUGCCAUAAUCCAUCCGUUUAAACACCACCGGUUUUUAAACAAAAAUAGAGUUGCAACAUUUUUCCUCGCUUUUUGGAUUUGUUGGACAUUGCUGACAGUGUUCACUCGACGCGAACAUGGCGGAGGUAUUAUUGGUUACUCACGCAUGGGGUUCGUUAUUUUUAGCGCUGUGGUGGUGUUUUUCAUAAACAUUCGACUGUGGAUAGAAGCUCGGAGACAUUCCAAAGUGAUUUCAAGGCUGCUUCAACAUUCGUUGCAGAUGUCUUUACAAAGUUGCUCGACAUCGCAAGAGACCGAAUAUGCAGAGACUAACAUACGAAGAAAAUCCAUGCGAGAUGCUAAGGCAGCUAAGACAGUUUUACUUAUCAUCGGUUUCAUGGUUUUAUGCAAUUUACCACUCAUAGCAACAUUCACUGCACGUAAGUUUUACAAUGUGCGCGGACGAGUAGUGACUUUGCUUUGGUUCGCUUCAAACACAGUCGUAUUAAUGCCUGCCAUACUAAACCCAGUUGUUUAUUUCUGGCGCAAAAAAGAGUUCAGGGUCUCUGUGAGAAGGAUGUUUAAUUUACAUAAUGCUGUCGGAGUGCAACCCUGACGCAACCCUUUCCUUAAAGAAAUGCGUUUUAUUUUUGGCUGUUUGCAUCAAAAAUUUAACGUCGUUCAAUAGUGCGUGAUCUUGACAUAAAUUACAUUGUGCAUAAUUCAAUGCGCUCGAACUUUCUACAUAUCAAAUGUUUCCAACCGCAAAAUAUAUCGUGAACCGAUGAAAUGUCACGAAUGGCCAGUACCAGCUCAGGCAUAAAAGACUGGCCAAGCAAUCAUAUCUCUUUAGCAAGAACAGUGAACUAUCUUUCUUGAUGUAGUUCUUUAAAAAGAGGCUGGUAGGGAACGUUCAAGGAAAGUUUCAAAAUAAUCGUUCAGUGACUUUUGUUUCUGAGGAAUAUCUUAAGCGUUCUAAAAUAGCUCAU